AUGCUCUGUCAUCUGUAUGAGAAGUUUAUUGCCAGCGUCUCGAUUCAGCACACAGCUCAUUUUUGGACUGACUCCACAAUCGUGAUAUAUUGGUUGUCGUCACUGCCAUCACGAUGGCAGGCGUUCGUAGCUAACCGUGUUUCCGAAAUCCAACACGCCACGAAAGGAUGCACUUGGAACCACGUAGCCGAUGAAGAUAAUCCUGCUGAUAUCAUUUCCCGUGGGAUGACUCCAGCUCAGCUGCAGUACGAAAAGUUGUGGUUCGAGGGCCCUCUGUGGCUUCGUCAUGAAAUGAGUACCUGGCCAUCGAAACUUCCAGAAGAGGAAAUAGAUCCUACAUUUCUAGAGGAAAAGAAAGUAGUUGCGCUACCAGUAACGCCUGAAUCUCCAAACGAAUUGUUUAGCCUCCGUUCAUCUCUGUUCAGCUUAGUAAGAUUGGUCGCAGCUCUACGUCGGUUCGUGCAUAACGUGAGGCAAAGACAUGAACGUCUCGCAGGGUUCCUGACACAUCCUGAGCAUGAGCAAGCGUUAAAAUUCUUGACUCAUCUAGCACAGCGAGAAUCGUUUCCAGCUGAAAUAUCGACGUUAAGCAAAAAGAAUUCCAUUAGUCCAUCCUCGUCGUUAAGUAAGUUAAAUCCAAUACUUGUCGACGGUAUACUAUGCGUAGGAGGUCGCCUUGCCAAGGCACCAGUAUCGGAGAAUCGGAAGCAUCCGAUGAUUUUAAGCCACCAUCAUCCAUUGGCGAGGCUGGUCCUGCAACAUUACCACAGCAAACAUUUUCACUGUGGACAACAGCUCCUCGUGUCCACUGUACGUGAAAGAUUUUGGAUUACAAGAAUCAGAAGCCUUGCCAACUCAGUCAUACACGAAUGUGUCCGUUGCUUUCGAAGCAAGCCAAAGGUUUUGGAGCAGCUUAUGGCUGACCUGCCAUCAGAACGAGUUUCCCCGGCACCUCCAUUCCUAAGGGUAAGCGUGGACUACUGUGGGCCGUUCUUAAUUAAGUACCCUGUUCGUCGAUCAGUUGCCACGAAGCAGUUCGUCGCCAUUUUCGUCUGCCUUGUUACCAAGGCUGUGCACCUCGAACUCGCAAGUGAUCUAAGCAGCGAAGCAUUUAUGGCCGCCCUUAAACGAUUCGUAGCUCGUAGAGGCAAACCGGCGCUGAUAAUGUGUGACAAAGCCACAAACUUUGUAGGGGCCAAGCGACAAUUAGACGAAUUGCGGCAAUUAUUCAUCGAACAAACCUUCCAAAAUUCAGUGACUUGUGGAGCAAACGAGGAAGGCAUCGAAUUUCGCUUUAUUCCGGCAAGAUCGCCCAACUUUGGGGGUCUAUGGGAGGCCGCAGUAAAGUCCUUCAAGGGACACUUCAAGCGUGCCAUCGGCGAAAGAAUACUCCAGUACGACGAGAUGACCACGGUGUUGUCGCAAAUCGAAGCGAUCCUGAAUUCACGCCCACUCACACCUAUCAGUAACGAUCCUACGGAUUUCGAUGCGUUGACCCCUGGACAUUUUUUAAUCCAACGACCAUUAACAGCGAUUCCUGAACCGUCAUUAGAAACCGUUCAGACAAAUCGUCUUUCGAUGUGGCAGCAAGCGCAAGACUACGUUCGGCAAGUCUGGAACAAGUGGUCGACGCAAUAUCUCUCCGAUCUCCAUAAUCGAACCAAGUGGACCCGCAAGCGUGAUAAUGUUUUCAUCGGAACACUGGUUCUCCUUAAAGAGGAUAGACUGCCCCCAUUAAAAUGGAAACUGGGUCGUGUCAUCGAUAUUCAUGCCGGAUCAGAUGGCAAUAUACGUGUCGUAAUUAAAAAGGCACAAGACGGUCAGUACCAAAGGGCAAUAUCGAAGGUCUGUGUCCUUCCUAUACGCGAUAAUCUACAGUCAGAGCAGAAUUGA